CAGGUUGUUUGGUGUCUGUGUGUGUUGGUUGGUGGUUUCGUGCAUUUUUCGUGUAUUUAUUUGUUCUCUGUCCCUCAUUUCUCCCCCCUUUUGACACUCUGGCGGUGACCCGGGUGGUGUAUGAGCACCGGGGGCUAACAGGUGUUGCAUCUAUUUAAUUAACAUUUCCAAAAAUUAACUGAUUCCCUGGUGAUGGCAAGGUAUCUGGUGGGGGUUUAUACGGUUACUGCGGGGCUACAUGAAGAUGCACUCGGCAGCGAUGAACAAGAAAUUGUGCUGUUUUCGUGGGUGGUGGUGGAUCUUUCUAACACAAAGGUGUUGGCUGCACAGACACACGUGGUCAAGCCUCGGGGCUAUGACAUCAAUGAAAACGCUUUAUCAGAGGUCUGCAAGUCGGAGUUGGGCCUCAGUGAAGAGCAGGUCAAAACAGGCCAACCCCUGGAACAAGUUGUCGAACAGUUGGACCAAUUUGUACAAACAAAGAUCAUUCCAGACGGCCAUGGUCGAAAUUUUCAUUUGGUGACCGAUGGCCAGUUGCACCUCAGGCAGGUGCUUCACCCCGAAGCUUGCCAAAAGCAUAUCUCUCUUCCAGACUACUAUUACUCUUUUUUUGACCUUCGGAAAGAAUUUAGGAAACUCUACAGUUCUGAAGAAAUUCAUUCUAUCCAGGAAAUGCUUAACUAUCUGGGGCUGGAAUCAGAUGGAUCUGCUGAAUUUUCUAUGCAACAAGUGCAGAACAUAGCCAAGAUUGCACGUCGAUUGACAGAAGACGGACAUAUCUUUGAACAACCAGAAAUCAUAAACACUCAUUUAGAACCAGGUAUAUGCACCAAGAACGAAGUGGUGGAUAACAAUACAGUAAUCAGAGCGAGGGGUUUGCCUUGGCAGUCUUCAGACCAAGAUAUCGCCAAGUUUUUCCAUGGAUUAAAUAUUGUCAGAGGUGGUGUGGCUUUGUGCUUAAGCCCUCAAGGACGGAGGAACGGUGAAGCCCUAGUUCGCUUCGAAAGUCAAGAACACAGAGAUAUGGCUCUCAAGCGGCACAAACAUCACAUCGGACAAAGAUACAUCGAGGUAUACCGGGCGACUGGAGAAGAUUUUAUCAACGUCGCCGGUGGAAAUAAUAAUGAAGCGCAAGCAUUUCUCUCUAGAGGCGGUCAAGUCAUUGUUAGAAUGCGAGGACUUCCAUAUGACUGCACCCCAAAACAACGUUUCUCUUCUGAAGACGAACGUUUGAUAAUUCUUCUGAGGGUCAGGCUGUUGUUUUUCGCAUCGGGGGAGCAUCCUUGUCGAGUGAUGGACGGGGAGGACGGAGUGCUCUUUGUCAGAAAGGCGGAUGGCCGGGCCACCGGAGACGCUUUUGUGCUCUUCGCAGGAGAAGAGGACGCCACCAAAGCUCUGCAAAAGCACAGAGAAGUCAUCGGUUCUAGAUACAUCGAACUCUUCAGAAGUACCACUGCAGAAGUCCAACAGGUUUUGAAUCGAUGUAUGGAUCCAAGAACAUACGAACAACCACAGCCAUUACUGUCAAACAUUCCACAAGUGCCUUUAAUUUCCUCACAACUUCUACCACCCGGUUCUCGCAAGGAUUGCAUUCGCCUCAGGGGUUUGCCUUUCGAAGCAGCAGUGGAACAGAUUCUCGAAUUUUUAGGCGAACACUCGAAAAACAUCAUUUAUCAAGGUGUCCAUAUGGUCUACAACGCCCAGGGUCAACCUUCUGGGGAAGCCUUCAUACAGAUGGAUACUGAGCACUCGGCUUUUAUGGCAGCUCAGCAAAGACACCAUCGGUACAUGAUAUUCGGCAAGAAACAACGUUAUAUAGAAGUCUUUCAGUGUUCAGCAGACGACAUGACCCUGGUGCUGAGUGGAGGAAUACCAGUGACGAGGUCUCUUAUUUCGCCGGGAGGGAACAUGCUUCCACCACCCUACGGAGCCUUCCCCUAUGUACAGACUCCCCAAAUCCUUCCAGCCGUGGCUCCUCUAACUCCACGACUUCCAGCUUAUUAUUCCCCUGUUUUCUACUGGCCCUAUCCCAGUCCACCGGUGUCUCCUACUACCUACUAUCCACAUUCACAACCAGCAGUGUUAACAACGGACUGCAUACAGGUUCAACGCAACGGUGAUGUGCGUGUGAACGGAGACGCAAUGGUCAACUUCCCGGCCACUAGACUAGAAGCUGAACGUGCGUUCCAAGAAAAGAAUAGGCAAAAUCUAACUAAUCGAUACAUAGAACUUUUCAUGGCUUGAUCGGCAAACGGUCAACGCGACUAAGGACUGCGCGAGGAACAUUCCAAAAUUCCAUGAGGUUUGAAAUGUGUGCUGUGAUUUCUUCUUGCACAGGAUAAAAACGCAAAGGAAACCGUACUUUUGAUAAUAAUACGAUUUUCUCUGCAUAUCUCUUUAUCUUAAGAAACAUAUUAAGUUAUUGGAAAGAGUUCAAAAGAGGGCUAAAUAGGGAAGAAUGUAGACUUGCAAAGUUAGGUAAUGAUAGAUAAAGUUUUUGGCUAGAACAAAAAAAAAAAAAAAAAAAGAAAAGAAAAAAAGAGAGAGUAAUAGGGGAUAUGAUCCAUUUAGGAUAAAAAAGGAGAACGAUGGAGGGUUAAAUUUUUGCACAGAUUGUCAAAACCAGGGGUCAUUGUUCUUCUUUUUUCAAAUCCCAAGCUAAUCUUGAAAUUAGGAAAAAUUACUAUUUUAACAGAGUUGUAGGCCUUUGGAAUAUUUUACCAGAAGUAGCUGUUACUUGUAUCAGGGCAAAUAGCUAUUUAAAAAAGUCUUGAUCUUUAUUGGGCACUGAUGACUAGGGUCAGCCUAACUGGGUCUUGAGCCAGUUUCUAGUCGUCACUUGUGUAUUUAUAUAAGAAUUUAAAAAACAAAAAAAAGUUAUAUUUCACUAAAAAAUGCCCAUAUAGCAAUCAAGAAUCUUGUAAGCAUUAUUAAAAAAUUACUUUGAAGAUUGAAAUGAGAGGAGGGAAAUGGAAUUUACGUUUUUCCUUCAAAUGACUUCUUUUGAAUACCUUUUCAACCGCCGAAUGAGGCUUUUGAAAUUUAGAAUAUUUACAUUGUCGGAAAUUGUUUUAAUUUUUCAGAUAGCAUUUUGCUAGAGUAGAAUCAGAGUUUACUAGUAUUUAGGGCCUUUUCACGCGAUGCAAAUGUGCCUUGUUAGAACUAUCAAGUCUUUAAGAAUAGUCACUUUAUAAGUCCAUUGAUAAUUUAUGGCAAAUAAUUCAAAAGUUUUACGAUAAAAAAAACUGAAAUUCCAGUUAUAUCAAUUAAAAAAAAAAACGGAAUUCUAGCGUUGCACCAAAAAGAUUUCACUAUUGAAAUGAAUAAAAAUUUAUAUUAAUCUUUCCUUUCUCACAAUUAAAAGUUACAUUUUGAUGGGUCAAAAUCAAAAUGCAGCCCUCAAUUGUUGUAGAAAAUAAUGAUUAAUAUAUAAUAUUAUUUACUACCAUAAAGCACUGCCCCUUAUAGACAUAAAAAAUCAAAAUAUGUAAUAAAAUAUAAAACACCUUUAAAAAAUCCCAGGUGAAAAUCAACUGCCGUUAUUUUUGUUAAUCUAAAAUUCUUAGAAAGUUUCCAAAUGCCUAAAAAAAAAACCCACUUUGUUCUCUUUAAUCACUUCAAAAAGCUAAGGUAACCAAACAAAUUCAAAUAGUUUUGAAAUUCAUACGAAUAAUUAUAAAUUAAAAGUGAAAUUUGUGGUAAGUUUGUAUUUCUGAAGAAUCCAUAUGCAUGGGAAAAGCUCAGUUGAUAAGAAAAAAGAAACAUCGCAUAAUUCAAAACUCAUGACAUUAUGUCUUUGCAUAAAGAUAAAUAACUUUCCUUGCAUGUGAAUGAUACAUCCCAGUGACUUGACUAGCACUAAGAAGUCAUUCGUGACUUUUGUUUAUAUGUUAUUUUGAAGCAACAAAAUCACGCUUCUUCCAUUUUGUAAUAUAAAUGCUAAAAUGAACCAUCAUUUUUUUAUUGGAAAAAAAUAUGCUGCUUAACUUGAUCCUUCUGUAUUGUGUUGUAGACUUAUGACAGGAAGCAGCUAUAUGCAUAUAGUUCAUUUUUUAUAUUUUCAGUGACUUUUGUUGUAUUUUAUGCUUGCAGCGUUGAUGCGCUGGCUUAGAUCAAAAGUUAGUGCAUCAUGACAAUUAAAAUCUCUUUAUCACAGAGGGCAGAAUGAAUGGACUUUAAGUCAUGUGGAUCAACAGUUGUCUAAUCAAAAACUGAACCAUCUAGAAAUUAUAUAUACAUUUCUUUAAACCAUUCCAUUGUGUUAGUCUUCUUUUACAUGUCUAGUCUCUUGUCUAGAUGGUUUUGCAAUAUAUUUGUACUAUAGACAUCUGUUGCAAACAAUAGUCCUUCCUGAGUGUUUAUCUGCACAAAUUAUAGCAGCAGUCCCCAGAGACAUGUUAAACUUAAAAACACUGCAAUUAUACAGUGCAUGUUCCAACAUUUCAGCACACUAACAUCGAUACAGAAAACUAAUUGUACUUGGUUAAUGGUUAUGAAGAGUUAAUCAAGAUCUAUUUUUGCUCUUGUCAGAAAAAUAAUAAAUAUAUUUAAAAACAAUAACUCUAUUAAAAUAAACAAUCCUAUCUGCAAACAAAGUUUUUGUUUCCCCAUUGGAUUUGUUAGUAUGAUUAGUUUAAAAAUUCAUCUUCGAACAAAACAAAAAAACAUUUAUUUAAGUUCCUAACCUAGUUAAAUUCUUAAAUCUAGAUGCUGAUUUGUGUCGAAGAGUAACACUAUUUAAGUUUCUGCUAUAGUAAAAAAGUUUUUAUUUUUGCAUACUUUUGUUUUAAGUUAUAUAUUUUAUAUUUUACUAAUUUAUGUCAUCAAUUUUUAUUAAUUUAAUAUUUGAACCUUAAAUUCAUUUUUUUCUAAUUUAAAAUACAAAUGAAACAUAGCAAAAAAAUAUAAAAUAGCAAAAAGGAUAAAUAUUUUUUUUUUCUCUUUGAAACUGCAAUGCAUAAAAAUUGUAUAAAAAUGAAACUAAUGAAAAUACUACCUCACUGUGAUUUGGUUCUUCACAGAAUUAAUGAUUUACUUCUAAGUUACUACAAACAAUUAUUAAGAGUGCAUAGGAAGCUUUAGAUUCUAAAUUUUUAAGCACUAGAACUAAGCUCCUUUAGCAAAUUUUAUUGCAUCAAAAUAAUUUGCAUUUUUUGAACAAAUCAUUUGAGUUGGACUUCUUUAUCCAUUAAUAACCUAAAAGUUCAGUAUAAUAAUAAUAACACUUAACAUGUCCAUGUAACUCUGGGACUGGUUAUAGAAGAAUAACUAAAAAUAUAAAAACUACAACAUCAUUAGAAGUUUCUCUCACAAAUUAUCUGAUUGCUUCGCUCUUAGAACGUCAAUUAUGUAUCCAAAAAAGAGCAGUAAAACUAUCAACUAGGCCAAAUCAUUCUGCUGAUCUGUUUGUAUAGAAAAGUAUUUUAUGUAUUUUUUGUAUGCAGAUAUUCUAUUCAAUGCAUGUAUUUUUGUGUUCACUAAAUGAGUUUUAUUUAUUUUGAGAGAUUGUGUGUUAUGCAACGAAGAAUGUGUUUAACAAAACACUAAUGCAUUCCAAGUGCCUUAAAUAUUAUUGUAAAUUGUAUUUUGUGUUAGUUACAUUCAUAAAUAUAUUAGCACUUUACAAAACUGGUGCACUCUACAGAUUGUAUUUUUUAUAUUUAUAUACAACUAAGACAUUAAAUACAACCUGAACUUGUAAACGAUUCACAUUUUUUAGAAUAAUGUAUUGUUACAGUCAAGUAGAAGGUACUUUUUGGAUGUUGCUUUAAAGAAGAAUAUUGGUUUGUUUUUGUGAUAUAACAGACAUUCCUAGCUCAAAUUACAAUUUAAAUCAUAAUUUUUACUAUGGGUGAAUUUAAAAAUUUGUACGUUAAAAUGACAAAUAGCUGUCCUUACAUCUAACGUAUUAAAAAAUACGUUAGUAUAUUGUAUAGUUAGUAUAUUGUAUACGUAUAUUUCUGGAUAUUGAUAUUAUAUACAAUAACUGUACAUUAGACACACGAGUUUUUUCAGUCCUAGGUACUAUUAACAUUAUAUACUACCUGAGACAUUGGAUUUGGAUUAUACGAUAUUAGUGCCUUCUACUUGAGACAUUUUACGAGUGAUUUAACAAAAUAUUAUAUUAGUCAUUAGAUACUGUGUUUGUGUUUCAGAAAUUAAAUUUUUAGAAUUGCUUAGGAUGAGAUUUCUUAAACUAUUUAAAAGGCAAAUACUUUUACUUGUGUUAUAGUUUGCAUCCUAUUUGAUAUUACAUUGUAUGAGACUAUAUUAAAAAUCAAAAUACUUUUGUGAUGUAGUCCUAUAUGUGAAGUGCCUAAUGUGUAAUGGAAAAUGCUAUGAUAAAGCUUGAAUUUUAGAUUAUAUAGAUAUAUGAAUAUUUUUAAUGACAAAUUUAAUUUCAAGUAAUUAAGCUAUGAUAACUCAAUUUUGUACUGAAAUGCAUUUUCCAAAACAUGUUGUAAAAAUAUUCGUGCAAUACCUUGUAGAAUUAUAUACAUAUACAUAAAUUGCAUAUGCACUGUGUUAAAUAAAACUAUGAUUCACCACAUUAUUACAAGUAAAGGAUAAAUUAUACUUUUAUAUGCAGCCUUUUUAAAAUGCUCUGACAAUUAUACUAAGACUGCUUUAUGUAACUAAAAUUUAUACCACAUCACUGUGCCUUAUAUUUGUUACCAUAUAUAUUUUUAAAUAAAACUCUGAUAUGCAUUUAUAUAUCAUAUAUAAAUUUUACUCUUAUAUAUAUAGAUGAUUGAAUGUAUAUACAAAUAUUUAUACAUAAGAAUACAUAAUAUGUUCUUUUUCAUUACUGUAGUUUUAAACAAUAUACUUAAAUAUUAUAUUGUCAUUUUGGUUUUAUUGCAACCUUAAGAAACUAAAAUUCAGAUAAUUUUUAGUCAAUAUUGGAAAAUUAUUUCAAAUGUGAAUAUAAAGAAUAAAGUAUAUAGAAAAUCAAAAUAUCAAGUUUUAAAUUGCUUGAUAAUAAUUAAAAUUUUAUUUUUGGUCAAAGACAAACAUGCAUUCUUUAUUAUAUGAAGCUUUUGGAGAGUGAAAAUUUUUUUGGUAAAUUAAAAGCAGUACUUACACAUUAAAUGAUAAACUACUUUCUUUCGCAGAAUAAAAGAUUUUUUACUUUGAAUACUCGUUUUCGAGAUUACAAAUAUUUAUUUUCUACCAAUUUAAGCUUUGUAUGAUGUAAACAACAUUCUUUAAAAAGUAAACAUAAAUUUAACAACUUUCAUUCUCAGCUAAACGUACUGGGUAAAACAAAUCGUCAUGAUGAUCUUUUUUAUGUAUUAAAUGAUCUUUGAAUGUAUUAAGUGAGUGUGUGAACACUGAAGUUUAAUUAUUUUAUUAUUACUACCAUUAAAUUUGAAGAGCAGUAGCAUGUAGUGUCUAACCAAGUUUUCUACUUACAGUUUCAAAAAUAGUUUACUAAUAUUUAACAUCUAUUUCAUUCACUUUUGCAAAUUAAAAUGCACAAUAUGUGUACGAGGCAGUUUUUGGCACAGCAGGACUUAACUUUGAAAAAAGUUAUUCCUAAGUACUCUUUAUAGAGCAUUGUCAUUAUGAUUGUUAUUAGACACACUUUAAAAUAUUAACUCCCAAUUUGGAUUACUUUAAAAAGGAAAAAAAUAAUGGGCAAUGUGCAAAUAUUUAUAAUUAAACCACAAAAUGAAUCUAAAAAUUUCAAAUCAAAACAGUAGUAUGAAGUUGUCACAAUUCAUAUUGUUACUGUGGUACAAUGUGAAAAAUCGAUUUUGUUAUGUGUAGUGCGUUUAAAAAAUGUAAAUGAAAUGAAUGUAUCCAGCUUACUUUCUUAUUAUGUGUUCUGUACACUUUUGUCCUGUUGCUAAAUGUUUUAAUAAAAUUUUAUGUACA